UUGUUUGAUGGAAUCUAUUACAGUGAGGUAUGAGUGUAACACGUACGUAUAAAUGUAACCAACCCCUUCACUCCAUAUUUCUCUUUCUUUUCUCAGAUCUUAAUUAAUCUUCUUCAAUGGCAGUAAGGGAACUAAUCUUCUUCUUCCUCCUACUCCUCUCCUCCGCCGCUUCCGACGCCGUCAACCGCCGUACAAAAAUCGAAUACCUAAAACUUCCAUUACUCCACAAAGACACAUUUCCUCCAACUCCUUCACAAUCACUCUCUUCCGAUAUCCGCCGCUUAAACACCCUUUACUCCUCUCUCCGUCACCGUAGCAUUACGCGGUCAGCUAAACUUCCGUUAACUUCCGGUGCAUCUACUGGUAGUGGACAGUACUUCGUAGAUCUUCGAUUGGGUACUCCACCGCAACGCCUCCUUCUCGUGGCCGAUACUGGUAGUGAUUUAGUCUGGGUCAGUUGCUCCGCCUGCCGGAAUUGCUCAUCCCGCCCUCGUAACUCCGCAUUCCUCGCCCGUCAUUCUUCAACGUAUUUACCCUACCAUUGCUAUGAUAAGAAAUGUAGGCUCAUACCUAACCCUAGAGGCGUCGUGUGUAACCAUACGCGCCUCCAUAGCCCCUGUAGAUAUGAAUACUCUUACUCCGAUGGAUCGGAAACUAAAGGUUUUUUCUCUACUGAAACGACGACGCUUAAUGCCAGCUCCGGUAGACCGGUGAAGUUUAACAAUUUGGCGUUCGGUUGUAGCUUUAAAGCUUCCGGUCCAAGCAUUACCGGUCCGAGUUUCAACGGAGCUCAGGGAGUUAUGGGUUUAGGCCGCGGUUCGAUUUCGUUAGCGAGUCAACUCGGCCGCCGGUUCGGAAACAAGUUUUCUUACUGUUUAAUGGAUUACACAUUAUCUCCGACUCCGACGAGUUAUUUAUUAAUCGGCCGGUCAACGGCGGUCAACGAUUCGAAAAAAAUGAAUUACACGCCGAUGAUAAGUAACCCAUUUACUUCAACGUUUUACUAUAUUGGGAUUGAAAGUGUUUACAUUGAGAAUGUGAAAUUACCAAUACGCUCUUCCGUUUGGGCGAUUGAUAAGUUGGGUAAUGGCGGGACUGUUAUGGAUUCAGGGACAACAUUGACAUUUCUCGCCAAGCCGGCUUAUCGGCGUAUACUUCAAGCGUUUAAACGGCUUGUUAAGCUCCCGGAAGCCAAUGAACCGACUGUUGGUUUUGACUUAUGCGUCAACGUGUCGGGCGAGUCGGGACCGAGUUUCCCUAAAAUGAGUUUCAAACUCAGUGGAAACUCGAUCCUCUCCCCGCCACCCGGGAACUACUUCAUUGACACCGCGGAGGACGUUAAAUGCCUCGCAUUGCAGCCGCUGACAGCGCCUUCCGGGUUUUCGGUUAUUGGAAACCUAAUGCAACAAGGGUUUAUGUUCGAAUUCGAUAGAGAUCGAUCGAGAAUCGGUUUCUCUCGGCAUGGUUGUGGUAAACCAUGAUAACUUGGUGAGUCUUGAGUCUACUCGACUCACCAAGUGGUGCCCUUUUUUUUUUUUUUUUUUAUUUUUUGUUGGAGGAAUGGAGGUACAUUUUUUUUUCUUGUGAAAAUUAAUAUAAAUCGAUUUGUUGUUUGUGGACAGAAUGUUAUAAAUAUAAUUGUAUUGUUGUCGUUUUUUUGUUUUGAAUGAUUUUUAUAGGAAACGACCAAAAAAAUAUGUUGGAGAGAGGAAAACAUAAUAAGGGAGAUGUUUUUGUUGCU